UCAUUCCAACACAAAGAAAAAAGAGAGAGAUUAAAAUUAGAUUGAGAACUCCCUCGUGAUCAUGGCCAAAGAAGGAGAACAUUCCGGAGCUAAGGAAGUGAAACUUACCAAACCCAAAAUCUCCUUGUCGGAUCUCACCUUUGUCAUUUACGUAACUACCGUAAAAAAGACAUCAUCUUCUUGCAAUCAUUACACGGAGAAAGAAUUUAAGAAAUGUGGUGCGGAGCUAGAGUGUGGCUCCAAUGAUCGGUUCCAUAUACAAGUCGGAAACUUGAGUCAUAGGGGAAUCUCCAAGUCUAGUAUGGCUGGUGUAGAAAUCAAGUGCGAAGUCAUUUAUAAGGAUGAUUGGGAAGACGGCGGCUUCAUAAUCUUUGAUGCUCGAAGGCCAGUAGACACAAACUUUGGAUGGCUGAACAACAAUCUUUUAGCUCCAAAGAGCUUAUAUCGCGGCCUAGUCGCCGAAAUCGAGCUGAGUUUCAACAGCGAGUUAUUGGACAAGAUCGACCUUCAGAUUUUCCACCGAGGCGAAGGAAGAUAUUUUUCACUUGACGAUACUCUUAGUUAUCUUCAAUGUUUUUACCUCUAUUAAAUCUAACUAUUGAUUAUGCAAAGCCUAUGAAAUUUUUUAAAAGUACAAUUUGUAUACAUUGGUUAAUGAUAUGAUAUUUAAAUAAUAAUAAAAAUUUUACCUAAAU